UUUUUUUUUUUCCCUUUUCUCCUUUUUUCUUUCUCUCAGCUGCUUCUUCGCCAUGUCUUUGGAGCUUACUGAAUUCGUUAAACGUCCUGGUGUUGGUACCGCCGGCAAGCCUGUCCGUGUUCGCAGUAACUUCUUUGAAGUCACCUCUUUCCCCACCCAAAACAUCCAUCAUUACGAUGUCACCAUUGACCCUGCUAGUAUGCCCCCAGCUGUGCUCCGCAAGGUCUGGAAGUCCUUUGAAGAUACCGACGGUCAAGGUGUCUUGAAGGGUAUCAAGUGUAUCUAUGACGGUCGCAAGAACGUCUUCUCCCCCAAGCCUUUGCCUUUGGGUGAUGAAAACGCAAUGGCGUUCGACGUCACUUUGCAAGAAGGUCCCGCCAAUGCCGCCUCCAAGCGCGCUGGCAACCAGUUCAAGAUCCGUAUCAAGAAGGCUGGUGAAGUCAAUAUGGAAGAACUUCGCCGUUUCUUGAACGGCCAAAGUGCCUGCACCUCCAACUGUUUGACUGCUAUUAUGGUGCUCGAUGUCCUUAUCCGUCACAUGCCCAGCAUGAAACACGCUACUGUGGGUCGUUCUUUCUACACCCCCGCUGAUAGCCGUCCUCUUCCUAACGGUGCUGAAGUCUGGCAAGGUUUCUACCAAUCGGCUCGUCCCACCGCAGGCAAAAUGAUGAUCAACAUCGACGUCAGCGCGACCGCCUUUUAUGAAUCGGGUCCUCUUCCUGAAAUCGUCGUCAAGGUUUUGGGUCGUCGCAGCAUGGAUGAUCUCCGCCGUGGUAUCUCUGACCGCGAUCGCCAGAAGCUUGAAAAGGCUUUGAAGGGCCUCAAGAUCCAAGUCGUCCAUCGCGGUGAAGUCAAGCGCCAGUACAAGAUUAACAAGUUGACUCCCAGCACUCCUGACCGCACCAACUUCAAGGACGAGUCCGGUGCUGAAAUGACCGUGGCCGCUUAUUUCCAGAAGCAAUAUGGCAUGCGCUUGUCUUGUCCUUUCUUGCCUUGCGUUGUUGUCAAGAAGGAUAUCUUCCUUCCCAUGGAAGUCUGUGUUAUCGUCAAGGGUCAACGUUACAUGAAGAAGUUGAACGAGAAGCAGACCGCUGAAAUGAUCAAGUUCACUUGCCAGAAGCCGAACGUCCGUGCCAACAAGAUCAACAACGGUCUCCAGUUGUUGGAAUACCGCAACAACCCUUACUUGCAACAGUUUGGCAUGAGCGUCAAGCCCGAAAUGGCCAUGGUCAAUGCUCGUGUGUUGCAAACCCCCAAGAUCUCCUACCAUCCUUCGUCCCAGGAAGCCACUUUCGCUCCCAUGGCUGGUGCUUGGAACUUGCGUGGCAAGAAGGUCGCUCAAGGUGCCGUCCUUGGUUCCUGGUCCGUGGUUAACUUUGCUGGUCCUAUUCCCCCACCUGUUAUCCAGCGCUUCGUUCGCGAAUUGUGUCAAACGUUCAUUGACACUGGUUUGAAUGUUCUCAACCGCCAACCUCCUAUCACCAAUGCCGAUCCUCAAGGCAACAUUGAUCGUACUUUGAAGGAAGCUUGGCUCAAGGCCGGUAACGCCGCCAAGGCCAACCCUCAGCUCAUUCUUUGUAUCUUGCCCAACACUGGUGUUCCUCUUUACGCCGAAAUCAAGCGCGUUUCUGACACAGUCCUCGGUGUCUCUACCCAAUGUGUUCAGAGCAAGCAUAUCAACGAUGCCAAGAAGCAAUAUUGUGCCAACGUUUGCUUGAAGGUCAACAUGAAGUUGGGUGGCAUGAACUUGUUCUUGGCUCCUCCUAUGAUUCCCUUCAUUUCUUCUCGUCCCACUAUUCUCUUUGGUGCCGAUGUUACCCAUCCUGCUCCUGGUGAGACCAACCGUCCUUCCAUUGCUGCAGUCACUGCAAGCAUGGAUGCUCGUGCUUCUCGUUAUGCUUCGGCUAUCCGUGUCCAGGCCAACCGUACUGAAAUCGUGGCCGAUUUGGCCAACAUGGUCAAGGAACUCUUGAAGAACUUUUACCAGUCCUGUGGUCAGAAGCCUGAACGUAUUCUGUUCUACCGUGAUGGUGUUUCCGAAGGUCAAUUCCAGGCUGUCAAAGAUAACGAAAUCGCCGCCAUCCGUGCCGCUUGUGCUUCCCUCGAUAAGAACUACAAGCCCCCGAUUACCUUUGUGGUCGUACAGAAGCGUCACCACGCUCGUUUCUUCCCCGUUGAACAGCGCGAUGCUGAUCGUACCGGUAACUGUAUGCCUGGUACCGUGGUUGAUACUGGUAUUGUCCAUCCUUUCGAGUUCGAUUUCUACCUCCAGUCGCACGCUGGUUUGCAAGGUACCUCGCGUCCUACACAUUACCACGUCUUGCGUGACGAGAACGGUUUCACUGCCGAUGCUCUUCAAGAAUUGACCUACCGUCUGUGCUACAUCUAUGGUCGUGCCACCCGUGCUGUGUCCAUUGUGCCUCCCGCUUACUAUGCUGAUUUGGUCGCUGCUCGCGCUCGCUUCCAUCGUCGCGGUGAGAACUGGUCUGACACCGAUGCCACCAGUGAAAGUAUGGACUCUGAAGCCCAAAUGGCAAGCUUCGCUGUUGUGAAGCCCGAAUUACAGAAAGUGAUGUACUUUAUGUAAACUCUUCUCUUUCUCUAUUUCUCUAUCACAUCACAAAUUCAUGUCCUAUAUUUUGCAACUUAUCCUUGAAUCGAAAUAACGAAUACCUCUUUGAACAAUCGACAUAUGGAUCUUUCUCAUUUCUUUCAUCUUCAUUUGAUUCCCGUCUAAAAAUUGUCUUUACUUUACGAUUCCAAAAAAAAAGUAAAAGAAAAGUGAU